CUUUAUGGAAAAGAAAAAAGGGGAGUGAGAGAUGGGGGAGCUGCUCCAGCUGUCGGUCUCCCCACUCACUCUCUCUCUCAGGGUCAUACAGGCAGGAGUUUAAGGGACCACUUCUGUACGCCAACUCAGCUGGGACGACCACAGCCAGCAGGAGGACACACUGGUCAGACGGAGACUGAGAGACAGAAGAUUCCUCUAUACCACUGCUCUGCACAUCACAAAGGCUCGUCUUCAGGGCACCGCUACCUGCCUGAUUGUUGUGUGUGUGCGCUUGUGUGCAUGCUCCAGUCCGAUCUCCCAAUCUCCCAUCAAAUAGUGCAUUAGUAUGCAGGGUGUUUGUGUGCCAAUCUUGUGUGUGUGCAUAUGUGUGACUGUGCUCCUCCGCAGUGCGAUUUCACAGCCACGUUCAGAAAGUGACACCUACACGGAAUGCACAGAUGGGUAUCAUUGGGACCCUCAGACUGAGCACUGCAAAGACAUAAACGAGUGUGAGACCAUUCCUGAUGCCUGCAAGGGGGAAAUGAAGUGCUUCAACCACUAUGGAGGCUACCUGUGCCUUCCCCGCUCUGCGUCACUCAUCCCUGCUCCAGAGCCUCCUAUUACACCCGCUGAGCCCUUAAACCCAUGCCCUCUAGGCUACGAGCCUCAGGGAAACAGCUGUGUGGACAUCGAUGAGUGUGAGAGACAUGAGCACGACUGCCAACCCAGCCAGGAGUGCAUCAACUCGGUGGGCGCCUUCACCUGCCAGUGUCCGGAUGGAUACCGGAAAGUCGGCACAGAGUGCGUUGAUAUUGAUGAGUGCAGGUACAGGUACUGCCAGCAUCGCUGUGUCAACGUGCCCGGCUCCUUCUCUUGUCAGUGUGAACCCGGUUUCCAACUGGCAGGAAACAAUCGAUCUUGCAUUGAUGUGAAUGAAUGUGAGAUGGGUGCCCCCUGCUCGCAGAGAUGCUACAACACAUACGGCACUUUCCUCUGUCGCUGUGAUCAGGGCUACGAGCUCGGGCCCGAUGGCUUUGAAUGUAAAGACAUCGAUGAGUGCAGCUACUCCAGUUACCUGUGCCAGUACCAGUGUGUCAACGAACCAGGGAAGUUCUCGUGCGUGUGCCCAGAGGGAUACCGACUGCUGGGCACCAGAAUGUGUCAGGAUAUAAACGAAUGUGAAACGGGAGAACACGAGUGCACGGAGACGCAGAACUGCGUGAACAUCCACGGACGAUACCAGUGUGUGGACAAGAACAGCUGCCAGGAACCUUACAUCCAAGUGUCUGACAACCGCUGCGUGUGCCCCGUCAGCAACCCCGCCUGUCGAGAGCUGCCUUUCUCCAUCGUGCACCGCUACAUGAGCAUCACCUCCGAGCGCUCCGUCCCCUCGGACAUCUUCCAGAUUCAGGCUACCAGCGUCUCUGCGAGGGCUUACAACACCUUCCGCAUCCGCUCUGGUGACGAAAACGGAGACUUUUACAUCAGGCAAAUCAAUAACAUCAGCGCCAUGCUGGUGCUGGCCCGUGCCGUGUCAGGGCCCAGAGAGUACACGUUGGACCUGGAGAUGGUGUCCAUUAACCCCCUGGUCAACUACCAGAACAACUAUCAGACAAGCUCCGCCCUCAGACUCUCCAUCUACGUCGGGCCGUACACCUUUUAAAGAAGAAGAGCUGGAGGGGACACAGAGAGCGAGACACAGACACAAACAAGGAGAAAGAAGCUGUAAAACACAAGUGGUGGAUGCAGUUCAACCAGUCACUGUGAUGUUAAACUAAUAGCUUUUUAUACUGUGUUGUCCACAGAGAGUGACAGUUUUCUGUCUGCCCUCACUAUGUGUAAAAAUAUACAUGCAGUACCGUAUGCAAACACAUCGUAGCAGCAAUGUCUCACAGAUAACCAGCAGCCUUAAAAUAAUUAGUCCUGUCAAAGUCAUUCCCCGUUUUCCUGUUAUCAUGUUUACGGUUAUUCAGUCAUUCGUGUAGAAAAGAGGGUUUUUUUCUGCGUUCAUGGCGAUAACGAAUCUGUGUGACAUAUUUUCUGUCUGCCUUCAGGUGGAAUGAUUCACGCCCGGUGUCACCAGAUUUAUCUGUUUCACAGUUUACACCCUUAUCUUCUGUUUGUCACUUUAUUCUUGUCAGCCCUGUUUCCUGUUGACAGACGUGAUUCAGUAACCACUCACAUCAGACCUCAGCACCCACGCUCCUCCUUCGCCCGCCGCUGUUCAUUUCCCGAUGAAAUCUCCGCCACUGUUGUUCCUGAGUUCGUCACAGUGCUGUUUGUGUUGUACUUUGUUUUUUUUAAUUUUUAAUUUUUGUUUUUAAGAUUUGAACCCAAAUAAAACAAUAAACCCUUUCAACCACGUGUCAAGAACUAAA